CGUGCCCUAAUUCUCUACACAUGACUCAUUCAAAUUUCAUGUACAUUUUCUUACGUACAAAUUAGAAGUACUCCUAAUAUAUAUAGACAUAACACGUACAGAAAGUAGUGGAGUGUACGUAAAUGUCGCCGAAAGAAAAAGGUACGGCGGCGAUGGCGACGGUGACGGCGGCGGGGAAAGUGAACGGAGUUUCAAAGGAGAUGCAUUACAGAGGUGUACGGAAAAGGCCGUGGGGGAGAUAUGCGGCGGAAAUUAGAGAUCCAGGGAAAAAGAGCCGUGUUUGGCUUGGCACUUUUGAUACGGCGGAGGAUGCCGCCAGAGCUUACGAUACGGCGGCGAGGGAAUUCCGCGGAGCUAAAGCAAAGACGAAUUUUCCGAUUAUAGAGCCGGAGAAUGUGAAAUUGGCUAAUAGAAAUUGUAGUCCGAGCCAAAGCAGUACCGUUGAGAACUCGCCACCGGUUAUGCCGGAGAACUCGCCGCCGGCAGUGAUGCUGGACACUUCACCAUUGGAUCUCAGCCUCGGUGGAUCCCGUAGUUUAUUUAGCAACGGUGUGGGUAGGGUUUUGUUCCAGAACCAUCAGUUUCACGGUUCUCCAGUCGCCGGAGGAAUCGCUGGAUGUAUUACGCCGGUGAAUCAUAUGUACUAUUUGGAAGCUCUUCAACGAGAGCGAGUGAUUUCUUCAUAUAAAAAAAGUUGCCGGAAAACGGCGGAGUUUAUCGCUGGUUGUGGUGGAGGCGCCUCCGGCGAGUCCGAUUCUUCGUCGGUGAUUGAUUUUAUGGGCCACGAUCUAAAGCCCAUCACCAGGCCCAUUAACCUCGACCUAAACCUUCCUCCGCCAGAGAACAUGUAAAACUCUCUGUUUUACAUGAUUUUUAACUUUUGCUUAAUUAGUUGUAAUCUUAUUUAAUUUGUAAUCUCCCUUUUAAUUUUCAGAAAUUUUAGGAAAGAAAACAAAAUUAAUAUAGAAAUGUAGACUAAUAUUAUGGGGAAUUAACGGUGAGAGUAGCCGGCGAUGUUGUAUUAUGCGUAUGAAUUAUCACCGUGUUUAUGUGAAUAUCAAAGAUCUGAUCUUUCAGAAA